CAAUUCGGCAGAUUCAUGCAUUACACUCAUUACACACAUUCAUAAACCCAUGCCCCAAACGUCCAUAAUCGUCCCACGGAUCCAUUUACCAUAGCUUAGAUUACAGAAUUGCAAGCCCGCUGACGCCGGCUCCCGUGAGUCGCGCUGUCAGCGGAGGGAAAUGCAUGACGUUAGAAAUACAAAAAAAUAAGUCAGAUUCCGAACGCCGAGCGAGCAAGGCGAUUUUGAUAAAACCCUACUAUACAAGAACCAAAACAAUAACCAGCCAUGAACGCCACCGAGAACACCCCAGCUAAGGCGCACCAGAGAGCCGCUGCAUCAGCAGAGUCACCCGAAGUCGUAGACUUCACGGAUUUCUCCGACGCCGAGGAACCGGAGUCCGCUGCCAAGGCGGACGAGGAAGCUGCCCCGAAGCCAGGAGUAGCCGAAGAACCCCACACCUCCGAUGGGGACAUAUACGCGGAUAUGGAGCUAAACGCCGACGAGGCAGGGCCAGCGGACCACGAGGGUCCCCGAGACAGCCCCCCGCGGUUCUCCCGCCGACCAUCCGGGUUCCGUCGAGAGAACCUGUGGUCGCCGCCGCCGUAUAAGCGACGAGCCGCGCCCUGCUCCCCGGAGCCAGGGUCACCGUCAUUCGAAGAGGAGUUCGAAGAUGCCGGUUCUAGCCAGCACAGCUUCCCGGAACCAGAGACGCCAUCAUACGCGCCGAUGUUCGAACAGGAGUUUGAAGAUGCCGGUUAUCACCAGCGCCGCGAUCCCCGAACCGGCCGUGGCAUUUACCGCCCCGAGAGGGGGCUGGAGCGUUACACACCGAAACCAUACAACGCGUACUACGACGACGGGGAGAGCGAAGAGGAGGAACCCUACGGUCGGCAAUUCAUAGCCGAAACAGAGACCUUUCACCACACGGUCACGCCAUGGGGAUACGCGAAAUUCCGAGAAGCCGCGGAACCAAUCGACUACCGCUCCAAACCGGCCGCCCCAGCCAGGGCAAGCCCCCCGCACGCCGAAGCGCGACCGCCAACGCCCGCAUCGGAUCCUCCCCGACGCCCCAAUCCUCCAGAAGAGUCAGCGGCGACCACACCAACGCACGCCGAAGCGCCCCACGCGGAGGCAGCGCAAGGCCCUCCCACUGAAUGGCCCACCUGGGCUACAGAAGAGGGAAACGCCGCUCCGGUUCGACAAGCGGAGCUGACCGAACCGGAGGAGCAGUGGGAAACGGGGCCGGACAGCGGGUACCCCACCAUGACCCUACGGAGGGUAAAACAACCCGUUGCGGAGGAGACGGCGCCGACCCCCAAAACUGGGGAGUGGGAAGGACAAGACGAGUUGCUGGUGGACUCCGACUUGGAUGAAAUACUACGAUUUCUUCAAGACAAAUCUACGCGGGAGGGGCAAAGUCCAGCGGACUUCUCCCUGAUCGAAGAGCUGUACCAGCCCACCUAG